AUGCCGCAGGGCGCCUCAGCGUGCGCAGAUUCUCGGACCCGGUGUCUAUUUCAGGGCUACUGGGUGGCAGCGCAUCCCUCGGGGAACGGCUUCGACUUUGACGAGCUGCCCGUGGUGGCCGAAGGCACCAGCACGCUGCCGCUCAGCGCGUGGCCGCUGCGCCUGAGCAUCAGCUACAGGAGGGGCAGGAACCUGUUGGUUCAGGCCCUGGGUGCCGACGGAUCCUUCGGCAGCGUGUCUGCCAAGCUGUUCAACGACGUCGCGACGGGAGGCGUCUCCCUCUUCAGUGCCUACGGCCCCUCGGGCUCCUCCAGCGGCUUCUUCUUCGACGAGCUGCAGCUGCUCGGCACGACGCACCGCCCAGAGCGCGCUUUCGGGCCCGUGCUCGGCGUGCUGUACACCGUGGCAACCAAUGGGGACGAGGGGCUCGGCCUAGAGGGUGCAGACGCGACGAUGCUGAGGCUGACAGCUCAGCACCCAGUCUUGGGAGAAGCCCACAAGCUCGAGCUGCAGCUCUCUGUCGACAGCGUCGGCGGUGGCGCGCCCCUGAACGGCACCUUCUGGUCAGAGGACGGCAGCUGGAACACGCGCUUCACCGUGCCGUACUCAGGUAAGGCGCACGAGGAUUCCAGGUACAGGCUUCUGCUCGACGGCGAGGUUGUGUACACCGGCAGAAUCCGGCGCGAAAAGUCGUCGCAGGAGACAACCGUGAUGGGCUCCCUGUCGUGCACGAAGAAUGCGUACGGCAGGAUCGGGUGGGAUCGUGAUGGCAUGAUGUUCCCUUUCAACGACGUGACGUCCUCCCUGGCGAAGCACGACCCGGACCUCCUGUUCUUCGCUGGGGACCAGGUGUACGACGGAGACAUCACCCCGGCAGACCUUCGGAGCCCUCACCACACCUGGCUCGACUACCACACGAAGUGGCAGCGCUUCCUCUGGGCCUUCGGGAACCUGACCAAGGACCGACCGACCAUAUCUAUCCCAGACGACCACGACAUGUUCCAGGGCAAUUUGUACGGUGCUGGAGGUCAGACGAACAUGGGGCACAUGGAGAGCUUUGAGGGUCACUACCAUAUCGGCACUGCAGGCAAAGCCGUGGACCAGAAGAGCGAGAAAGGACACUGGCUGCGCGUGUUAUUCGCAAUUUACUCUGGUGUUCUCAGCUCCAUGUGCUGGGCGCAGCAUUUCCCACUCUGA